CCCGCGCGCAGCCGCCGCCGCCGCCGCCGCGCGAGGAGCCAGGAUGGUCCUGGUCCACGUCGGCUAUCUCGUGCUUCCAGUGUUUGGCUCUGUGCGAAACAGAGGUGCCCCCUUUCAAAGGUCUCAGCAUCCUCACGCUACCUCCUGCCGCCACUUCCAUCUCGGCCCUCCGCAGCCGCAGCAGCUCGCCCCAGACUUCCCGCUGGCCCACCCCGUGCAGUCGCAGCCGGGCCUCAGCGCCCACAUGGCCCCGGCCCACCAGCACAGCGGCGCCCUCCACCAGUCGCUGACCCCGCUGCCCACCCUGCAGUUCCAGGACGUCACAGGUCCCUCCUUCCUACCUCAGGCCCUGCACCAGCAAUACCUCCUGCAGCAGCAGCUCCUGGAAGCCCAGCACCGCAGGCUCGUCUCGCACCCCAGGCGGAGUCAGGAGCGUGUGUCCGUCCAUCCCCACCGCCUCCACCCCAGCUUCGACUUCGGCCACCAACUGCAGACGCCUCAGCCCAGGUAUUUGGCUGAGGGCACUGACUGGGAUCUCAGUGUGGACGCUGGCUUGAGUCCUGCUCAGUUCCAGGUGCGGCCCCUCCCGCAGCACUAUCAGCAUUACCUAGCCACUCCGCGAAUGCACCACUUUCCCAGGAACUCCUCCUCCACGCAGAUGGUCGUCCAUGAAAUCCGCAACUAUCCUUACCCCCAGCUUCACUUCCUCGCUCUCCAGGGGCUAAAUCCCAGCAGACACACUUCUGCCGUGCGGGAGAGCUAUGAGGAGCUGCUGCAGCUGGAGGACAGGUUGGGAAACGUGACCCGGGGAGCUGUGCAGAACACCAUUGAGAGGUUCACCUUCCCCCACAAGUACAAGAAGAGAAGACCCCAGGAUGGUAAGGGCAAGAAGGAUGAGGGCGAGGAGUCCGACACAGAUGAGAAAUGCACAAUUUGUCUGUCUAUGCUGGAAGAUGGAGAAGACGUGAGACGCCUACCCUGUAUGCAUCUCUUCCACCAACUCUGCGUGGACCAGUGGCUCGCCAUGAGCAAGAAAUGCCCCAUCUGCCGAGUGGACAUUGAGACACAACUGGGAGCUGACAGCUGAGGGAGGAGUUAGCCAGUGGACGCCCCAUUUCCUUCACCAGGUCCCCCCACGGCCAUAGCCCUUGCAGCCAAACUUUGCCUUCUGAGCCAUUUGACGUAGAGGAGAAGCCUGCAAGCACAUUUCGUGGAAAGAGGAGUUGGUGGUAUCCAAGUCCGAGGGAGAGGAGGGGGUGGGGGAGGACCCACCCAUCCAGAGUGGCCACUGCCCCCAUCCGCCUUGCUGCACAGGAGGGAGGGAGCUGGCCGUGCCCAGAGCAGGGCGGGAGUGGGGGGCCCAUGCUGUGGAGAAAACCCAGAUGUGAUCCGAGGGUACUAGCUGAUAGACCGGCCCCUCAAUCCUGUCCUUCGAAGGAUUGUACAUAUACCUCUCGACCACGUAGAAACCAUGUAGGGGUCUCUAGCUAUUUCUGUGGAUGGCAGCCGGAGCAUGUUAGCUUAAGAAAAAUGUCGUGUGUGGUGCUCUAGUCAUCUUGUGGUGGACAUGUCGCUAUUGCCCAACUUGCACCAAAUGUUUCUCAUUGAGUUUCUUGUUUUGGUGCCUGACUGAACCAACCAACGACAGCCCCAAUCUUCCCGUCUUUAUGAGAGAAAGGAAAAAGGAAUCAAAGGUGAAAAGAAAAAAAAAAGAAAGAAAGAAAAGCCAAAUCCUGUUUACGGUGAAAAAGGAUGAUUUUUUUUUUCACCCAGUUGGGAGGUGGGAGGGGGGUUCUCGUUCUGUUGUUUUUGUUUUCUCCUUGGCUUUUGAUUUUCUCAUGUUUACAGUGCACGGAGUGUGGAAGGGGCAUCCGGGCAGGGGAGGACUGGACAAAGAGCAGAUGGGGGUCUUCGAGGGGUUUCCCAGGGGUUCAGGCCAGGUGAGGAAGGUAGAGCCCAGCAGGGGAAGGGGGGAAGUCUGUCCUGAGGGAGGGCUUCCAGUUCUAGGGCUCACCUCUUAGCCCGGCCAUCCCCGCCCUCCCUGCAUUCCACACUGAACCAGGGUGGACUUGACCUCCAGUUACCGCGGCCUCAGUGUUCCCCGGGACAGGGGGCCCCUGCUCACUCCAGCUUCUUUCUUUAGAUUAGGCUCUUGUCCUGUCACAAAGAGGCAAUGUAGCCACUGCCUCCCUAUGCAAAAAAUUAACCAGGUGAUGCAGAUCAAAUAGCAUAGGCAAUGGACACUUGACCUUGGCCAAAACGCUCCCAGCUAGCAUAGCACCCAGAGCUGAGGUCCAGCACCACGGACCUGAGGAGGAACUUGAGCUUUCUUUGGGAUGUUUCAAGUCCUGAUCACUUCCUCAGAGAUGGCCCUGGCUCUGAGACCACUUUGGCUGGGUGUGGGAGGUCCUAUGUCCCUAACCUCUGGCUCCUUCUCUGAAUCUUAGAUAACCGUGGGCAAGCCCCUUUCUUCCUCUGUGCCUCAGUUUCCUUCUCCUUCCAGUGGGGAGAAACAACAGUGUAUCCCCUUUCCACUCCCUCUACCUCACCUAGAUGUCCUGAGGAUUAAUAUCUCUGUCCACCAUCUUCUGCAUUCUCUGUUCUCUCCUGGGAACUUCUUAGGGUUUGGGGUCGGGGGUGCCAGAAGAGACAGAUCUGGAAGCUCCAAGUGACCUCCCAGUGGUCUUUGUGUAUCAUCCCACAAUUUUUCUGACCCCCCCCCCAAAGGAACAGAGAGAUAGGAGGAUAGAAGACUA